AUGGAUUGCGGCAGCGAAGAGGGAGAAGAUUUCAGUGGACAUAUUGGGUCAUCUUCAAGUAGCUAUAGUGAGGUGCAUAACGGCUUUGGUUUUGGGGAGAAGAACAGAGGAGGUACUUUGUUGUUGGAUUUCGUCAAGGCAUUUGAGUUGGCGAUUGCGAACUCGCGUUUUCCAAAGAAGGAGGAUCAUUUGCAUACUUUCCAAAGCACGGUGGCGAAAACUCAAAUUGACUAUCUCCUCUUCAAGAGAUAUGACCGAGGGUUGUGCAAGGAUUAUAAGAUUGUCCCAAGUGAUACACUAGUGACACACAUUGGUAUUAUGAUAAGGAGGAAGAAGAGCUAUGUACUAGGACGUCCAAGGUUCAUGUGGAGCGCCUUGACUAAGGAUAAAGCUCGGGAGUUGGAAGUGGUCCAAGGUAAAUUGAAAGCAAAGAAGGCGGCAUACCUGAAGUUAGUAGGGAACACUGGCGAGGAGGAGAGAAGGGCGAACAAUGAGAGUUAUAAGGUAGCUAGGAAGGAGGCAAAGCUGGAGCUCAUGGAGGCUAAGACUGUAACUUUUCCUCGUCUGUACAAGGAACUGGGGGAUAAAAGGCGGGAAGAAGAAGUUAUUCUUGUUGGCUAA